AUGACACAAAAGGUGUGGCUUGACGGUAAUCUUGAUGGUUCACAUUCUUCCAGUGAUUACAAUGGCUUGUGGGGAAUAACAACUAUUGGUGCCACUUUUGAAUUAGGCAGUGCAACUGCAUUCAAUGGCUACAUAGACAACGUACGAUAUGAAUCUAGAGCUAAGAAUUCAACUGAAAUCCAGAAUGACGCUACUUUACAAGUUUACUACUCGUUUGAUAGUAGUUCACUUACAGAUGGUGGUCCUAAUGGUAUCAAUGGUACUGCUUAUAGUGGAAGUCUAUCAACAACUACUGGUCGAGUUAAUCAAGCGAUUCAAUUUAACUCGGGACCCUAUAUAAGUUACUCAUAUCAUUCAUUCUAUUUUUUGGGUGUCAGUGGUCAGUCAUAUACUAUGGCUCUAUGGGCAAAACCAACAGGAAGUUAUAGGUCACAGACGCUUGUUUUUGUAGGAAUAGGGGGUAGUUGGUGUGUUCACUUUUUGGUAUGUACGUCGAGUGGACAGUUAAAUGCCGUUGGUUGGAUGGGUAGUAGUAAUGUAAUUGCAAAUGGUCCCAUCCUCACACUAAACACUUGGACACAUAUUGGCUAUACAUAUAGUUCAACGAAUGGUAUACGAUUAUACAUAAAUGGUAACCUAUACUCGUCAAGUGGUGCAUUUACAUUUUCAGCGCUUGGUAGUCCAGUGCCUAUCAUAAUAGGUGGAGAUUGA